AUGAAAUAUUGGAGGCAUAAUCAAGACAUUGCACAGAUCCUUGAAAGACAUUCAUACGCCAAAAGACUAACUGAGAAAGAGACCUUAGUUUUGACAGAGAUGUCAAAGAAUCACAUGAGACUGAAGGAUAUCUUAUACAUAAUGAAACAAAAUUAUGACACUAAUGUCAGCAUAUUGAGGCACAAGUACAAUGCACAUCAAAAGUUUAAGCUCAAAGAACAAGCAAGAAGGACACAAAUGCAAAAACUAAUGAAUAGGCUUGAUGAGAACAAGUACAUAGAGUGGUACUGUUCCCAUAAGGAGACAAAUAUAAUUAGAGAUUUGUCCUUGGCACAUCCAUAUUCAGUAGAUUUGUUGCCGACUUUUCCUUGUGUGAUAAUUAUGGGUUGCAUAAAUAAGACAAACAGGUAUUGCCUACCACUUUUGAAGAUAGUAGGUGUCACUUCUAAUGAUUUGACAUUUUCGGGUGCUAUUACAUGGAAAAAGAAAGUGAACAAAAUUAUUCAUGGGCCUUGGAGAGAUUGA